UGAUCACUCACUUGUCAGAAACAGAUGAAUUCUGUGUCACGGUUACAUCUUAAGUCUAAAGUUUCCGCAGUGAGCUGUCAUCACGUCUUUCAGGCAGAAGGAGAAGGAGGUCCUUUGGGGUCAUGGACAAUCAAAACAAGGAUGGAGUUUCUGACAGCAGAGAGUCUUAUGGACUUAAGAUUUCAGAGUUAUUAAAGGCUUUGGCUGAGAGGAACUCACCACCUUGUGACACCCCACGUAUUGACCCCCGAAACAUCAGCACCACCCUCUCCAUCUUUAAGCACACAGGGACAGGCACUUCUAACACCCAUGGGACCUUUAGAUCCAGAGCCGUCCUCCCUGAAAACAUCAACCAGUUGUCCAAGUGUCAGUUUAAAAGGCGGGAUCAGCUGAGUGAAAGCUUACCCGCCUCAGUACCUGUUCCUGCCCCCAUCGCUGCAGUGGCCUCAUCUGGGGCGGGACAACCGCAGCCCAGCUUAACAUCCUCAAAUCCCCCCAUCGUUGCACACCCGGUAGACCAGUCUAAGACGCUGCCCUCUGACUCUGUCUCCUCUAUUGCAGAAUGGCUUAAAAAGCACGAGAUACAUCCACACAUCCUGGGUGUGCAGGCUUGGACCAAACAGCAGUCCUGUGAACCACGGUGGACGCUACCUAAACAGUUCCCCCAAACUGGUCCAACCAAUAAAUGGUUCUUUGAGGACUUGACGGAUCUCCAGAGGAAGCUGUUUUUAGGUGCCUCUAAGAAAUCCGGAGUCCCGAGGAACUCUCAGACAGCUCGGGAAACUACUCGCCACAACUAAUCAUAAUCCACUUCUUUACCACCCAGUUGCGGAAAGUCAAAGACACAGAAAAGAUAAAAUCCAACUGAAGCCAGUAAAGAUAGUUUGCCUGUUUUUUUUUUUUACACAGCAUUUGUUUGUGACAGACUGAUCAUUGUUGCAGUGCUUAGACUCGUUAGACACAAGAUAACUUAUAUUUAUUUAAGGAGUCGUAUGUUCAACCUUCAGCAAACACUAUGUACAGAAAGGAAAUGUUCCUUCUCUUUCACCAUAAUGCAUUUAGAAAAGACAAACAUUUGGAAUCUACAAAUAUGAAACAUCCAAUGACGCUUCAAAAUCCUGUUUUUGUUGUUUUUCUUUUUUACCAAGAGGAAAAAUAGGAGGAACUGUGAUGAAAGUAUUCAGGAGCCCUGAACACAUCUUAAAGAUGCUGAUUUGUGAGGACAUUGUAGCUCUCAGCACUUUCAAGCUCAAAUCAUAUUUGUUUGUUGCACACAGGAGCAUAACUCCUCUAAAAUACCAGUUUUCAUUUACUUCAUCUCAAGCAAAAAAAACAUCAAUAGAUCUUUAUAUGUUUGAUGGCCAGGAUAAUGUGUCAAACAGCAACUGCAAAGUCAACAAACAUCACCUUUGCACUUAAACACUUUAUCUACACUUGUGUCACGCUGCACAAUUGGCAAGGUUUGCCACUUGCUACUUUGCAGCCAAGGCCAUGACGGAUGUAAUGGCAGCUUUAAAAAGUGUUUGUUGUGCUGGAAGUGGCGGGAGAUCAAGCUGUACUGUCACAACGACCCCCAGCUGCCUGCAUGAUUUAUUCAUUUUCAUUUUGGUUUGCAGGUCACGUCCAAGCUGAAGAAAAUAUCCGUUUGGUUAAAUUUCAGAUUCUACUCUUCCAGACUUGGCUCAGCUGUACUCAGGUUCAGCUGCAGUUUCAGCAGCUCACACUGACUACAACUUCUGUAUGUUAACGUGAUGAAGAAAUCAAAUAACUUUAUUCGAAUCCAGCUGCAGUCAGUCAUUUUAGAGGGCACUCAGUCCUGGGUAAUUACAGACCUGCAGAGAACAGAACAGCAGCCCAUCACUGACCGACACGGGACUAAACCUUACUUUACAGAGCAGAGAGGAACACAAACAGGCACAACACAGAUGGUGGAAACAGCAGCCAAUCACGGGCCAGACUGUGGGUCUGUGUGCAACAAGUCCGCAGCUCUGGAGGGCCAAGGGCCACCGGUGUUGGUCGACGCCUGGCUGGUCCCCACUUUCUUCGGCUUCAUCAUGCUGGUCGGCCUGGUCGGGAACUCGCUGGUCAUCCAUGUGGUCACCAAGCACCAGCAGAUGAAGACCGUCACCAACUUUUACAUAGUAAACCUGGCUACGACUGAUAUCUUGUUUCUGGUCUGCUGCGUGCCCUUCACAGCCACACUGUACCCACUGCCCAGCUGGAUCUUUGGAGAGUUUAUGUGCCGACUGGUGAACUACCUUCAGCAAGUGACUGCUCAGGCAACAUGUAUCACUCUGUCAGCUAUGAGUGUGGACCGCUGCUACGUGACCGUCUAUCCUCUGCAGUCACUGCGACACCGAACCCCACGCAUGGCUCUGGCCAUUUCUGUGUCUAUUUGGAUAGGCUCCUUGCUUCUGUCAAUCCCUAUAGCUGUGUACCAGCGUCUGGAGGCAGGAUACUGGUUUGGUCCACAGACGUACUGCAGUGAGGUCUUCCCCUCGGCUCGCCUCCAGAGAGCCUUCAUCAUCUACAGCUUCCUGGCCGUCUACCUGCUGCCCCUGCUCACCAUCACCGCCUGUUACACCUUCAUGCUCAAGCGCAUGGGGCAACCCAGCGUGAAUCCCAUUGAAAGUAGCUACCAACUUCAGGCUCAGGCAGAGCGAGCAGCAGUGCGGGCGCGAGUCUCCCGGAUGGUGGUGGUGAUGGUGGCCCUAUUCCUCAUCUGCUGGGGCCCCAUCCAAGUCUGCAUCCUCCUGCAAGCUUUUGGCCUCCGCAGUUACGUUCUAUACAAGCUGAAGAUUUGGGGUCACUGCAUGUCUUACUCCAACUCCUCCGUCAACCCGCUGGUUUACGCCUUCAUGGGCAACAACUUCAGAAAGGCCUUCAAGCAUGCCUUUCCUGCCAUAUUUUUGUGGCGCACGAGGGGGAGAGUCAGGGUGGGAAACAUGGACGCAGAGGAAGGGGGAGAGAUGGUUCGCCAGGCACCCAAAGCAGAAGCAGAGAUGCGCUUUCUUUCAUCUGAGUCCUAAAGGCCAUGCUGGGCAUUCGGACACUGUGCACUCAUUGUUUAUUUAGAGUUUGUUCUGGAGAUGAGAGCAGUCUGCUCACCCUGGUGUAUGUGUGCAUGGUUUAAACACACACACACACACACACACACACACACACACACACACACACACACACACACACACACACACACACACACACACACAUAAAGACCAUCCUGGCACAAUCUGGGCUCAAAAUAGAAAGUACUAAGAACACCAGUAACUGACAGGUUUAAACACACACACACACACACACACACACACACACACAGAGGAGCAAUGGCUGCCAUGUGAGCUGUCAGGUGCCUCUCGUGACGUUCCCAAGCUGCUGAAAUACAAUUAUCUUUGUCACAUUUUUCUAGCUUAACUGCACUGAUGCAAUCAGUUUACUGGAUGUCAAAAUGUUUGAGCUCCUGGUUUUAUCUUCUUCACAAUUUCUCAAGGAGGAGAGGAAAAUUGUAUAGGACAACAAUUGCACUGUUAGUGACUGCAUCCUUUGUGGACAGCAGCCUUGUUGAAUAUAAUUAUGUAAAAGUGUUACAGUAAGAAUAUGGGAAGAAUAAGUUAAACACUUAUUUGGUUUGAGUAUCAGCAGGUUGUUCUGCACUGUAUGGUUUAUUCUGGGACCGUUAGUGAGCUUUAUCUUUGAACUGCAUGGUUACAGAUAGCUAGUAACAGAAUUCAACAAAUUCAGCAUCCUUUGUGAACAGCCAGCUUGGAAAGGUGUUGAAAGGUGCAUGCACACACACACACACACACACACACAUCUUUUAAUGUUUCUUGCAAAUGUUCCUAAUUCAGUUAUUUAGGCAGUGGUGAAAUGUAACCAAUGUACAUUUACUCAAAUUUGAGGUACUUGUACUUUUCUUUUUAUUAUCUUUUUGUGCCACUUUAUACUUCUACUUCACUACAAUUCAGAGGGAAAUAUUGCACUUUUUACUCCGCUACAUUUAUUUGACAACUAUAGUUACUAGUUAUUUUACAAAUUAAGAUUUUACAUACAAAACGUAUGAAGAGUUUACGAAAUAUGAUGAUUAGUUCUGGAUUGAACUACCCAGCAGUAUAUACAAUUAGAACUGAAAUGAAUAGAUUAAUUGAUGAGUCAAUUGACAGAAAUUUUUAAUUAUUUAUUAAGUCCAUUUUCAUGUAAAAAUGCCAAACAUUUCAUGGUUCCAGCAUCUCACAUUUGAUGAUUUUUUUUAAAUAAUAAUAUUAAUCAAGUGGUGUGAAGGUGUCACUUAGGGCUCUGGCUAAUUGUGAUGACGGGCCUUUUCUAUUAUUAAUAUUUCUAUUUUCUGUAGUUUUACAAACCAAACAAUUUAUUGAUUUAUCAAAAAAAUCAUCAGCAGAUCAAUCCAUAAUGAAAAUAAUCAUUAGUUGCAGACUUAAAUAAAAAGUAAAAAAUUAGCUCCAUCUCAACCAACUUUAACAGUAAAAUGCUACUUACACAUUAAUGCAUUAGUAAUAAUAAUCUAAUGAUAUAUAUGAAUAUAUAAUAGUAUAACAGUCAC